UCCUGGGCUCAAGUGAUCCUUUUGUCUCAGCCUCCCUAGUAGCUGGAAUUACAGGUGUAAGCUACUGCAUUCAGCUGAUUUGGGCCCUUAAGUUGGAAUUUUGGAAGAAAAAUUUCUGAGAUUGCUGUGAUGAUGGACAUUUUGCUGAUGGAGGUUUUCCCCAGACCUAUCCAUGUGUUGUCUGGAUCUGUUUCACUGUAUACUUUCAUAGCACCUCAGAACCCAAAUAAAAGCAAUUUCCUUUUCCUCCAUGCAUGUUCGCCUCAUCCAACAACAGAAGAAAGGCCUUUUUCUUCAUUGCCUGAAGUUGACUUGUACAGCACAGGUAUAUGCAGAGGACCACUUGGUAAUCUUACUGCCUGUAUCUGGCUCUCUCUUCAGAACAGCAUGAUCCUCUCUGCUGCCAUCUUCAUCACCCUCGUAGGUCUGCUUGGUUAUCUCCAUUUUGUGAAGAUUGACCAGGAGACUCUGUUAAUCAUUGAUUCUCUUGGCAUUCAGAUGACUUCAUCUUAUGCUUCAGGCAAAGAAAGUACUACCUUCAUAGAGAUGGGCAAGGUCAAGGAUAUUGUCAUCAAUGAGGCUAUUUACAUGCAAAAGGUGAUUUAUUACCUCUGCAUCUUACUGAAGGAUCCAGUGGAACCACAUGGGAUAUCCCAAGUAGUACCUGUCUUCCAGAGUGCCAAGCCCCGGCUGGAUUGCUUGAUUGAAGUAUACAGGAGCUGCCAGGAGAUCCUGGCACAGCAGAAAGCCACAUCUACAAACCCAUGAGGCCCAGCAUUCAGAAGGCCAGCAUUGUCUUUCACAGGAGAUGACUUUUAAGCCAUAGUGUCUGGUUUUCCAUACUCUAAACCAUCAGGUGGACACAGUCGUAGGAACCAGUAUGGAUGUAGUGCAUCUCAGCCAUAGAGCAGGUGACUGGAAAUCUAAUUCAAUGUAUUUCUGUGUAUUAUAGUGUUUUCCUUGUAAGGUUUUGCCUACUUUACCAAAGGAGGGGAGACUGUAAGAAUUUUGACACAGUAUGUCAAAAGUAAUGUCAGCAAAGCACUUUGUGAAAUUGCUAAGCAUGUUCAGGUUUACUUUGUGUUGAUGUUGGUGAAGCAAAACAAUGGAAAGCUACCAUCAACUGUCUUGAGAAAGGUAUACUUACUAAUUACAUAGUAACCCUGUGUCAACUUACAAAAAAAAAAAAAUCAAGCCCAUCAGGUACUGUUUAGCAGGAAGAAAUGUCCUACAAAAGAUGAGUCUGUCAACCUAGCACCUGUGUUCUCUACAGGGCUUGUUUACGACUCUCUGAAACAGAUUUCCUUCCAAAACAACAGUUACCUGGUUCACAGAUAGCUGCUUUUUAUUGACAAACAAGAUCAUGGCAUUUCAGUCAUGGUGUCAAGCACAUUAAUACUUUUCUGUUACUCAGCAUUUUUAAAAUCAUUUUAAAAGAUACUUUUGCCAAGAGAGAUGAGACAAAAGGCCAGACAGAAAUUUGACUUUGGUUUUCAGACAUGGGACACUCAUGUUAACAAAGAAUAAAUAAGCAAAUCAUUGAA